AUGUGUGGACGGAGCAGGACGGCCUUUCUGUGUCUGUGGGCUUGCUUGCUUGUCGCCAACAGCGUACUUGGUGGGAAAAGCUCUGGGUCGAACGGCAUGACAGAUGAACAGAAAGAUAACACUACAGUGUUCACGAAGAUCUUAGACAGUCUUCUGGAUGGCUAUGACAAUCGUCUCAGGCCAGGACUGGGAGAGCGUGUAACUGAAGUCAAGACUGACAUUUUCGUGACUAGUAUUGGGCCAGUUUCGGACCAUGACAUGGAGUACACCAUUGACGUCUUCUUCAGACAGAGCUGGAAGGAUGAAAGAUUAAAAUUCAAAGGCCCUAUGGCCGUGCUGCGUCUCAACAACUUGAUGGCCAGCAAGAUCUGGACCCCCGAUACAUUCUUCCACAAUGGCAAGAAGUCAGUGGCCCACAACAUGACCAUGCCGAACAAGCUUCUGCGAAUUACAGAGGAAGGCACACUGCUAUACACCAUGAGGCUUACUGUAAGAGCAGAAUGUCCCAUGCACCUCGAAGACUUUCCUAUGGAUGCCCAUGCUUGUCCGCUUAAGUUUGGCAGCUAUGCCUACACUCGAGCAGAAGUAGUGUAUGUGUGGACCAGAGGGGCUGCCCAAUCUGUAGUAGUGGCAGAGGAUGGGUCCAGGUUAAACCAGUACGAUCUGAUGGGGCAGAGUGUGGAUUCUGGUGUGGUGCAGUCCAGCACAGGAGAGUAUGUUGUGAUGACAACCCACUUCCACCUGAAGAGGAAAAUUGGUUACUUUGUGAUCCAGACGUACCUACCCUGCAUCAUGACAGUCAUCCUCUCCCAGGUGUCUUUCUGGCUCAACAGAGAGUCUGUCCCUGCCAGGACUGUGUUUGGAGUGACUACUGUCCUGACCAUGACCACACUCAGUAUCAGCGCUAGGAACUCUCUCCCUAAAGUGGCCUACGCCACUGCUAUGGACUGGUUCAUUGCCGUCUGCUAUGCCUUUGUCUUCUCAGCCCUCAUUGAGUUUGCCACAGUCAACUACUUCACCAAGAGGGGAUAUGCCUGGGAUGGAAAAAGUGUGGUGCCAGAGAAGCAAAAGAAGAAGAAGGAGUCACUCCUGAAGAAGAACAACACUACAGCCUACCCAGCUGCCACUGCUACAGCCUUUGCCCCCAAUAUUGCCAGGGACCCUGGAUUGGCUACUAUUGCCAAAAGCGCCCCACCACCCCCAACUGAGCCCAAGGAGGAGCCAAAGCCCAAGCCUCCAGAGGCCAAGAAGACCUUUAACAGUGUGAGCAAGAUAGACAGGAUUGCCAGAAUAGCCUUCCCUCUGCUCUUUGGAACCUUUAACUUGGUCUACUGGGCAACCUACUUGAAUAAGAAGCCCAAAUUGCAGGGGGUCAAUCCACACUAAUCCAUGUUUCAUUCCUUUUAAAUGAUAUCUGUAAUUGUUUGUUU